AUGAUCCAAGAUUCUCACGGGGAGUUACGUCUCGCAAAGCUCUGCGAAGGUCAAAAGCGAAACCUUAGACAUCAAGUUGGGACUUCUCUUGAAGGUGCAGUAAGGAUUCCACAGCAUCAACUGUUGUGGUGUGACAUAUUUAUUCGAGAGGGUGGAGCAUACGUCAUUCGUCCACCAGCCCAUAUAUCCUGCAAUAACGUUCGCCACCGAAUAGGGAACUCUUCGCACAGAUGUCGUCGCAAAAUAUGCUGCAAGACAAUUCUCCAGCCAAAGACCACAACUACAUCUCUGAAUAUCACUCUCUAUUUAACCUCGUCAUUGAACUUGAGAGCAAGUCAAUGA